CGUUUAAUGCAAAAGCCUGACUGUGCCGGUGCUCCGGGACCUGGUCCAGGACGUGCUCCAGGAUGCUUGCUGCAUUGCAUGAAGGCGGCAGUCCUCCUCUAAGGCCACAGACCCUCCUCUCCACCUUGCCUGCUGGGCAGUGCCUUUGUAGUGCACCAGACAGUCAGAGCCCGGAGGAUAUAUGGAGGGACAAAGAGGGGGGACGCAAAGGACUAUGAGGCAAGAGGCAUGUCCCUGCCCCAAACCCCUUCUCCAUUCACUUUGCCUUUGGGCAAUUUCCUCCAGAACCUGGGUGGAGGAGGGUGGGGUUCCGGUGUUGAAAUGGCAUCCUGGGCAGACAUAAACACCCCACCCACUCUGCCCAGCAGCCACGGGCCUGUGCCCACACCAGCUCCCAGCCCUGGGCAUGGCCACAGAACCAGGAGGUGGGGGCAGGGGCGAGGGGAGAUUCUCCUUCGAAAGGAUCCUUGCAGCUCUCACUGACUUUAUGCAGAGCAGAAACAGGGGGACACAGCUGCCUGCUCUGGAGCUGGGGGAGAUGGAACUGACUUGGCAAGAGAUCAUGUCCAUCACGGAGCUGCAGGGCCUCAAUGUUCCAAGUGAGCCAUCCUUUGAGCCGCCCGCCCCAGCGCCGUACCCUGCACCCCCACUGCCUCCAACCUACUGCCCCUGCUCUGUCCACCCCGAGGGCUUCCCGCUGCCCGCGUCCUAUGAGCUCCCAGCGCCCACACCCCACGUGCCUGAGCCCCCCUACGCCUACGGCAGCAUGGCGGUCCCAGUUUCCAAGCCGCUGACCCUCUCCGGCCUGCUCAGCGAGCCUCUCGCGGACCCCUUGGCUCUCCUGGACAUCGGGCUGUCGGCGGGGCCACCUAAGCCCCAAGAAGACCCAGAAUCUGACUCGGGAUUAUCCCUCAACUACAGUGACGCGGAGUCUCUGGAGCUGGAGGGCACCGAGGCCGGCCGCCAGCGCGGCGACUACGUGGAGAUGUACCCCGUGGAGUACCCCUACGCCCUGAUGCACAGCUCCGCGGCCCACCCCGCCUUCGCCCUGCCACCUGCGGACGCCGCCUUCGCCACAGAGUCGCCCCCAGGCACGGUGCGGGCCAAGCCCGCCGCCCGAGGGGAGGCGGGCAGUCGCGACGAGCGGCGGGCCCUGGCCAUGAAGAUUCCUUUCCCCACGGACAAGAUCGUCAACUUGCCGGUCGAUGACUUUAACGAGCUCUUGGCGAGGUACCCGCUGACAGAGAGCCAGCUGGCCCUCGUCCGGGACAUCCGGCGCCGGGGCAAGAACAAGGUGGCCGCCCAGAACUGUCGCAAGAGGAAGCUGGAGACCAUCGUGCAGCUGGAGCGCGAGCUCGAGCGCCUGGGCAGCGAGAGGGAGCGGCUCCUCCGAGCCCGCGGGGAGGCAGACAGGACCCUGGAGGUGAUGCGCCAGCAGCUGGCUGAGCUGUACAGCGACAUUUUCCAGCACCUGCGGGAUGAGGCUGGCAACAGCUACUCCCCUGAGGAGUAUGCGCUGCACCAGGCCGCGGAUGGGGCGGUCUUCCUCGUGCCCCGCGCCGCCAAGAUGGAGGCCUCAGACUGAGCUGUCCCGGCGGGCAGGGCAGUGCCGGGGCUUCCUGCGGCCCCCUGGUACAGGUCCUGUUCAAGCCCCGGGCGCCAGCUCUGGGGACCAGGUGGGGGCCUGACAACACGUGGCAGGUUUAUUUGACUUGUGUGGAGUGUGAGGGAGGGCGGGGCUGUCUCCCGGGAGACGCAGCUCCGUCUCCAAGCGGCACCUUUGGGUCGGGCUUUGGGAUAUAAAGCGUUCUAGAGAAUAGUCUUCCCCUGUGUCUUUCUUUUCAAGGGUGGGUGGAAGCAGAGCCAGCCUGAGUUCCUUACUUACUGGUGGUGGGGCGGGGAGUCCCCGAGUGAGGUACAUGCAGAAUUUGGGGCCUGCUUCCACCCCACUUUGAUGUUUUAAACGUUUAUUGAUGCAUACAAGAACUGGGGU